AUGGGCAUUAUAUUUAGUUGUUGCUUAAAGAAUCAUGAAGAUAACGACGAUCAUCAUCAAGAAAAUGAUGCAUUAUUAUAUAAUAACAAUGAUGGAAAUAAUGGGUAUGACUCAAUGAAAAGAGAACUAGAAAUAGAAGAACAGAAAAUGUUAGCAAGGGAAAAUGAAUUAACUGAUAUAGUUAAUAAUACAAAUGACAAAUUAAUAGACAUCUCGGUGAUGAAUAAUAAUGGUACCAACAAUAAUGGCAACAACAAUUUACAUGAUGAUGUUGAUACAACUAAUUCAAACCAUGCUACCUCCUCUGUGACAGCUAUAUCUUCUCCUUCAGGAUUUGUAAAAGUUAAUCAUAAAUUUAACAUACUGGAUACUAAUUCCUCUUUAACUAGCCUUGAAAAGGAAAAGUUGAAAAAAUUAUGGGAUGUGAUUAUAAAUGGUUAUAUAGGACAGUUUACUAUAGAUUUUGACGAGCCUUUAGUAGCGUCGUUAUAA